AUGCUGUUCAUCUACAUGGGAGGGACUAUCGACCUGCAAGAGAAAACUUUUGAAGCUCUCAAAGCAGCUGGACUCACCUUGAAACCUUCGAAGGUGCAGUUCGGGCCGAAGGAAGUAAAGUAUUUGGGACAUGUACAAUCGUCGGAUGGCAUUCGUUUAGGUGAUGAUCGAAUCAAAGCAAUCUUGGAUUUACCGACGCCCAAAACUAUCAAAGAGAUACGGUCGGUGCUCGGAACGGUAAAUUAUGUCAAGCGAUUUAUUCCUGAUUUAGCUACCAUUACCGCACCUCUGGUGAAUUUAACCAAGAAAGACGCAGCGAAACAUGUGGCAAAACGUUGGGGUCCAGAACACGACAAGGCAUUUGCUGAAGUGAAGCAACUACUCACUAAAGCACCUGUUUUGCAUUUUCCGGAUUUCACUAAAGAGUUUGUAGUCCAUGUCGACGCAUCUGAAGCAGGAGCGGGAGCUUUUCUUGCGCAACAGAAUGGCGACGAUUUGAACAUCAUUGCAUACUUUAGCCAGCGUUUUAACAAGAGUCAGCAACACUACUCAGCCACCAUGAAAGAAUGUUACGCAGUUGUACUAGCAAUACAACACUGGCGGCCCUACUUGUGGGGAAAACAUUUCACGUGCGUCACCGAUCAUGCCGCGUUGCGAUAUCUCUACACAAUGUAA